GACAAAGGCGUGGAGGAGGGCUUGAGCCAACAGCUGAGGGUCGGGGGUCCCUGUCUCCAAGGGCCGCGCGGGACGCGUUGGAGGACAUGGGCGACAAGUAUGCUACUCUCCAGCGGGCCCAGCUGCAUCUGGAUUUCAUCCACGCCAACUCCACCACGCACAGCUUCCUUUUUGGAGCGCUGGCUGAAUUGCUGGACAAUGCAAGAGAUGCAGGGGCUGCAAGACUUGAUGUGUUUUCAGUGGAUAAUGAAAAACUGCAGGGUGGAUUCAUGUUGUGCUUCCUGGAUGAUGGAUGUGGUAUGAGCCCUGAGGAAGCUUCAGAUAUUAUUUACUUUGGAACAUCUAAGAAACGGUCAUCAACCUUGAAGUUUAUUGGACAAUAUGGUAAUGGUCUUAAAAGUGGAUCCAUGAGGAUUGGAAAAGACUUUAUUCUUUUUACAAAGAAGGAAGAAACGAUGACCUGUGUGUUUUUUUCUCAGACAUUUUGUGAAAGAGAAGGUCUUAGUGAGGUUGUGGUUCCAAUACCUUCAUGGUUAACAAGAACCAGAGAAUCUGUUACAGAUGAUCCUCAAAAAUUCUCAACAGAGUUGUCUAUAAUUUUUAAGUACUCUCCAUUUAGAAAUGAAGCUGAAUUGAUGCAGCAGUUUGAUAUGAUCUACGGGAAAUGUGGUACUUUGCUGGUUAUUUAUAACUUGAAGCUUUUGCUUAGCGGAGAGCCAGAGUUGGAUGUUAAGACUGACAAGGAAGAUAUGCUGAUGGCUGGGGCUCUUGAGGAUUUUCCAGAGAGAUGGUCAUUCAGAGCCUACACAUCUGUUCUGUAUUUUGAACCUUGGAUGAGAAUAUUCAUUCAGGCCAAAAGAGUUCAGACAAAACACCUAUGUUAUUGCCUCUACAGACCCAGAAAGUAUCUGUAUGUCACGUCUUCUUUUAAAGGAGCAUUUAAAAAUGAAGUUGAAAAGGCAGAAGAAGCAGUAAAGAUUGCUGAAAGUGUAUUGAAACAAGCACAAAUCACAGUAAACCAGCCUGACAGAACUUCUUUGUCUUCUGCCAAGGAUGUAUUACAGAAAGCUUUGGAAGAUGUUGAAGCAAAGCAUACGAUUCUUAAAGUGAAACAGAGAGAAUUAAAAAAAGCAAGGACUCUCUGCCUGUUCUUUGGAGUGAACAUAGAAAAUCGAAGCCAAGCUGGGAUGUUCAUUUACAGUAAUAACCGCCUGAUCAAAAUGCAUGAGAAAGUGGGCCCACAGUUGAAACUGAAGUCCUUACUUGGUGCAGGCGUGGUUGGAAUUGUUAAUAUACCCUUGGAGAUCAUGGAGCCAUCCCAUAAUAAGCAGGAAUUUCUCAAUGUCCAAGAGUAUAAUCAUCUGCUGAGAGUCAUGGGGCAGUACUUGGUGCAGUACUGUAAGGACACCGGGAUCAGUAAUAGAAAUCUAACACGGUUUUGGAAUGAAUUUGGAUACCAGAAUAAUAAGGAUGGAGAGAAAUCUUUAGAUUCUAUUCAGUAUCAAAGAAGACAAGCCAUGGCCAUACCAUUCAUCAUUCAGUGUGAUCUUUGCCUUAAAUGGAGAGUCUUGCCUUCUUCUAUCAAUUAUCAGGAAAAAGAAUUUUUUGAUCUCUGGAUUUGUGCAAAUAAUCCUAACAUCUUGGAAAACAGUUGUCAUCAGGCAGAAAGCCUACCUUCCAUCCCCCUGGGCACCAUGAGCAGAGUGUCACCAUCAAAAAAUGAGAAGGAGAAACAACUUCGAGAGGCAGUCCAAAGGUACCACAAUCGACUGGCAGAACAGCAGCCACAGGAAAAUACAAAAACUGAGAAAGUCAGGCCUUGGGGCCAGGACUUGAAGCAGGAGUCUCUUGCGUCCUUUGAGCUUUCUGUCAGCCACAGAGGCCAGAAAAAAAACACAGAAGGGACAGACUCUGAGGUGGAGUACAUUGCAGAAGCUAACAUUAUGAAGAAGUCUAUGCAGAAGAAAGGAAAACCUCAACAGCAGAGACGUCCAGCAGCCCUGCCAGAAAACAUCAGACUAGCCAAGAGAUCUCAGGUCUCUUCUAGGGAGAUGAGUAGGAAGCAGAGCGAAAAUCUUGUGCCAGGAUGUAAGGCUUUGACCGAAGUUGAAACCAGCAACAGCGAUCCAGAUAUAAUCCUGGUUUUAGAUAAAAGUGACACUGAUCUUUCAUUGAAACAAGAAAAAAAGGAAGUUUCUCUUAUGAAAAAAGAAAAACAGGAGCUGUGUAGUGAUACUCCAGAAAUGAAGAGAAACGCUUCAUUACCUAAUCGGGAAAGUGCACUGAUGGAAAAUUUAAGUCCACGUUCUGGAGACAGUGCCAGCUUUUCCAUGUAUAGUGGUUGUGGAGUUACUUCUUCACUGACAAAGUCUUCUCAAAGCACAUAUGUCAAAGAAACAGUAAGAAAACUGACGUCCAAUUUAAGGGAGAUUCUUCUGUACUUUUUUUCUGAGCAUCGGCUACCAUCAGAAUUUGGCUACACAUCUGUGGAGGAACUCAUGGCAAGUUUUGAGCUGGAGCAGUGCCCAGAGCAGACAAACAAAAAGCUGAGAAUGGGCUUCAGCCAGAUCCAGCAUGUUUACAUGGUCCAAUAUGAAAGAGAACUAAAGAGAAAAAUACAGUCCAUUAUCUACGAAGCAAAUACAAGGGGAGUGGUUAAUGAAAUAUCUCUGGGACAAUGUGAAGCAAAAAGAAAACUUACUGAAGACAAACUGAAUAAUCUUCGGGUAAAACUGGCAAUAUUGUUGCAGAAACUUCAGCUGGUAGGUAAUGCAAUUUUGAGUAGUAGGAAUAUACCUUGUGGAAAGAGCAUUCAGCCAGCUUCCUCCUCUGACAUUGUCAUCCACUAAUUGGCUUUGGACGAGUCAUUUAACCCAGCCCUUAUUCUCCGUGGCGGUCCAGCAGGAGACCUGGAGCAGAUUGACAGUUAUUUAGAAGCUUUGCUUAAAGAAGAUAAUCCCCUUGUUCAGAAUGCUUUGAAUAAAGUAACUACAGAUACAGGACACAGUCUCCCUUUAGAAAAACACUGA